AUGCUCGUGGACCUCGAGGCAGGCGGAAAACUAGGAUCGCCGUCUGUCGCAGCGGCUGACAGCGGCGACGCCCCUGAACGUCGCCUCAUCGUAGCGGAUCGCCGAUCAGGCAUCAGGUUCCUGGUGGACACCGGCGCCAACGUGUCCGUCUUACCAGCAUCCCGCCUGGAUCGUUGUCGUCAGCCUGGAGCACCGCUUUUAGCUGCCAACGGUUCCACUAUCUCCACAUACGGAGAGAAGAAGGUCGAGUUGGACUUCGGGCUCAGACGCUCCUUCCCUUGGACAUUUACCAUCACCGACGUCACCAAGGCCAUCGUUGGGAACGAUUUCCUCGAGCAGUUCCACUUAUUGCCAGAUGUGCGCACGCACAAGCUGGUGGACGGCAAGACGUUACUGAGCAUUAAUUGUCGUGUGUGCUCUUCCAGGGUCUCCACCAUCAGCCGCAUAACCCGGAGCGACGAUUUUCGCGCUGUUCUAGCCGAUUUUCCUACGCUCCAGAGCAGUACCUGGACUCCGGUCAACAGGGUGGCACAUAGUGUGGUGCACCCCAUCGAAACCACUACCGUUGACGGCUCGUGCACGGCGACUGGACCCGGAGAAACUUAA